AGCUCGCGGCGAUCAGUUCGCGCGGAACGCUCGAGAAGUGAGGAUCGUGUCUGCGCUCGCCUCUUUCUCUCUCUCUCUCUCUCUCUCUCUCUCUCUUGCGCGCUGCUUAGACACAGUUGACGAGGAGAGCGAGGGAGAGGCAAGGAGGAGAAGAAAGGAGCACAUUUUCGCGCGCACACCACCGCGCCGUGUCGCGCCGCGCCGCGCCGCGCCGCGCCGCGCGUAUCCACGUCGGGGCGCGCGGGGGUCGCUACGGACGACGACGCUGUCAGGAUCGACAGGGGGAAAGACGGCGGCGGUCGUAGAAGAGCAACACUUUUCGGCCGAGGAUCGGGAUCCCGGGACCUUCGGAGCACAGAUGGUGAGAGGAUCGUUACCUGAUAUCGCAGUGACGAUGGCAUCGGGCAGAGAGAUCCAUGGCGCUUUCAGCCUCAUCGUGGACGACGUGGAUUCGCACUCGAUCCUCAGCGACGGCUCCGACCUGGACGGGCUGUCGCGCGAGAGCAGCUCGCAGAACUCGGCGUCGCAGACCCCGCUGGACAGCCCGGGCGGGCCGAGGGAGAGGAUCAAGCAGAUGCAGGUGGAGGCCGAGACCAGGCGCGGCGAGUUCGCCAGGCUGUUGGAGGAGCACGCGCAGGUGGUGCGCAAGCUGAAGAUGAUGGAGGCGGAGGAGCAGCUGUCGACGACGACCGGCAACGUCAUCGGCGGCACGCACGCGUGAUUUUACGUGGUCGAGGGGCAAACGGCGCUGAGAGCCGGGACCAUCGCGUCGAUGCGACCACCAUCGUCGUCGUCGUCGUCGUCGUCGCCGCCGCCGCCGCCGCCGCCGCCGCUGCCGCCACCGCCGCCGCCGCCAUCAUCGUCGUCUCCGUCUGGCCGCGUCUCUCCUGUCCCGCCGGCGACCGUGACUCGCGCUCGAGAAGCCGACGACACCGACGUCGCCGGACCUGUGGAUCUUUAACCCUCUCGGAUGUGACUGCUGCAGUUGGCGGCCGCGGUCCGCGUCCGAGGGUGGCGGUCGGGUUGCCAAGGCUGAAGAGGGUCCUGUGGAGACUCGAGAGACGGCGACUUCUCUCGCUCUUCUGUUUCCCUUCGACGCGUUUUCUCCUCGCUUUGCCAGCCGAAGGCAAAGCCGAGCCCGAGGCUGGCUCUCGUCCGGCGAGGACGAAGCUCGCAAACGACGGCUUGCAAACGGAAGGCGGGCGAUCAGCCGGAGGAUCCAAGCGGAGGAUCGCUCUUUCUCGUGGACGCGACGCGGUUACGGCGACUGCGAGCGAAGCGAGAGAUUGCCUCUUGCAGAUACUCGCGGACGAAUUCGAAUAAAGAGGGGGGUGAGAGAGUGAGGAGGAGAAGAGAAUGAAGCUUGCUUCCAGAUACACCGCGAUCGAUCUGUAUCGUUCAGGACUCGGGAUCGGCGGGAUUGAGCGACAAGUCGAUCGGUUAGCAGCGCUCUCGCCAAUUUCCAAUUCGACUUCGGCGACUUUUCCGGCGACAUCUCGAACGAAAAACGGCGCGACCGCAAAGUCAGUCGAUCGCGAAGUCGACCGACGGGGGAGGUUCAAGGGAGAAGUCCGCGUCGAGGAGAAACGCGGAUAAUCAGCCUUCCGCGGUGAAGGGUGCAGGAGGGUUGCGGCGGGGGCGGGGGAGGGGAGGAUCGUUCUUACUAGGCUCUCGUUUGCCACAAAGUCUGAAAAACCCACUAGACACGACAAUAAUGAGGAACACUUAUGGGGAAAAAAAGUAAAUAAAUAAAACGCGCACGACGCGCGACGCGCCGGACGCGUGCCGGACGGACGUUUUUCUCUUUUUUUUUCCUUUUUUUUUUCUAGCGCGAAACAAGCGCGGAACACUCCCGCCCGUUCGAACUAGCUCAGCAGCAACGGCUGGCCUAAGCGUAGUACAAAUUUUGCAGUCAAGUCUUAAUAGAAAAAGAAAAGAAAAAAACAGGCGCGAGCCGAGCGUGGGCCGAGAGAGUUUCCGCGGUGCUGCAAUCUCAGCGGAGACGAGAAGCUGAGGAGAGACGACGAGGCGCGCGCGACGUCGCGUCGCUCGCGUCGUCGGCUGAUGGGGGGGGGGGCGGCAGGAAGAGGAGGGGCAGGGGGGACGGUGUCGACGAACACGUUAGCCUACUCUCGAGAGACGGGGUACAAGCUUCUACGUUUUAUAGUAACCGUAGAGUUGAGUGUUCCAUAACAGUGUGUAAGCUAGUUUUAUAUAUCGUAAAUACACGUGUACGACAAAGCGGUGUCUGUGUGUGUGUCGGAUCUGACGGAGGAGGAGGAGGAGGAGACGAGGAGGAGACACGCGCUUUUGACGAACGAGCGAGCGCAAGCCUGGCUUUCUUUCCACGCGCGUCGAUGACGUCAGUCGAGCGUCGUUGAUUAAGCUCGAUCGGCGAUGCCGCGAGAUCCGGUUCUUCCGCAAAUCUCGACGACGCUGGCUGAGGAAUCCAGCGCGAUCGUCGUGGUGUCGUGGAGAGGAAACGGACAUCGCGCCUCGACGUGAGUGUCGAGUUUAAUCGACAACGGUGACAUCGAUUGGCAUCGAAUCUCUUCUGUGCGAAAGCACAGGGGGAGGAAAAAAGGCGACACCCGAGAGCGUCAACUUUGAGAGUGUCAACUUGAAAUCCAUAGCGUCAGCGUGCGAUCGGCUCCGGGAGUAUUCCGCGAAGCCAAGAAGAAACGGUCGCUAAAUUUACUGAAAAGUUUCUAUUGAGAUCUAAAAUGUUGAGAAAAAUUUCCUACAUGAGAUCUCAAUGAUUUCAUUUGAUAUCUCAUUUGAGAUAUCAAAUGAAAAAGUAAGAAAUGACAUUUCAAUCGACAUAUUACACGAAGAAUAAAAAAGCUUCUCUAUUUUUCUCAAUUGAUGAAUAUCAUUACUUAUACUUUCCAGGUAAAUAUUCACCUUUAGAAGAAGCACCUCAGAACGACUCUGACUUUGACAUAUAUUGCAAAAAUCACACUUUUAAACCUUCACCUCCGCCAUACAAAAGUCGGCGGUCAGUCAAAAAGCAACAUUCUAGAGAAAAAAUAUGAAUCUUAUAUAUGUAAUAUAUCUAUUAAAUCUUCGUCUUGCUUGAAAUUGAUGAAUCUACAGUAUAUUAAUCGAGAUCUCAUACGGGAAGUUCUUCGGAAAUCUCGUUUUAGAUCUCAAUAGGAACUUCUCGGCACGGAAGAUCGUCGGAAGACGGGACGCGAGGACCCGUUCGCAGCAACGACACUUCAUCUCGCAUCUCGUUCGGUCUCACUCCGGGCAAUCAGGGAGUCUGCGUAAAGGAAGGUCGCUCUCGCGACGAGACGCAGCGCUGACCCAAGUAGAACAGAAAAUCAUGAUGACAUCAAAAUGACAAGAAAAUGACCGAAUCAUGAUUAAACAAAGAGUUUUCCUCUCAUCAUUUUGAUAUCAUCAUGAUUUUCUGUUCUGCCCGGGGAUGUUCUACGCGUGUCACGUCAGAUCCGCGUCUAGGUAUUAGGGCAUUAGGUAUCCUCAUAGGCAUUUAUAGACUUGUAAGCAUACACGAAUAUAAAGAGACACAGUCAAGUAGACCGCCGCGUUAAAUAAUACAGCCCUAGCGUAGAGAGAGAGAGAGAGAGAGAGAGAGAGAGAGAGAGAGAGAGAGAGAGAGAGAGAGAGAGAGAGAGAGAGAGGUGUCUAUUGUUACACACAACGCGCCAGUCCACGUCCAGGACCGCCAAUUGCGCGGGACUCGCGCCAAUUGGAUAUCUUCGCCGCUUUGAUUAAUUCGUAAAACGUCACAGACGUCAAACGACAAAGGUGACGCGCGAUGACGCUCGUGCGCGGCAAUCGAGCGCCGAGAGAGAGGGAGAGAGAGGGGGAGAGAGAGAGAGAGAGAGAGAUGACGACUGUUGCUCGCGCUCCUGGCUCCUCUUGGUGAACCUGGCGCGCGCUCUCGUCGGAUCGAUGCGCGGGCGAAAGCUCCCAAUUGUCGGGAGACGCGGGUCCAAGAGGAACGGCGCCGAGAGCGAAGGGAGCGCGUUGUGUGAGCAAGGAGGCUGG